AUGAUGCCUAUGAUGGAUGAUUCUGGAGAUUCUAAUGUGUGUUCCUGCGUGUUAAUCUUUUACUUUUAAAGGCAAAAGCGCAACAGGAAGCUCAGAAAGCGGAAAUGGAGAAAAGACAGAAAGAAAUGACAAAUGACAUGUUAAGCAGGAUACUUGACCAGGAUGCUCGAGCCCGCCGUAACCCUCAUGCUUUACGUUGAUUUUUUCCCCAGUGAAUACUCUGGCAAUGACGAAACCCGAUAAGGCCAAGGCAGUGGAAAAUAUGCUCAUUAACAUGGCACGUACGGGAAGGAUAGGGGGAAAGGUAUGUCCUUAUCGUUGCUUGUAAAUGAGACGCUUUGCAGAUUUGCCAAUAGUUUAGAGUCUCUUCUGCUUUUUUGGCGAACCGAUACAUGGUUUAAUGUUAGCGAUAUCAAGUGUGUUCGGUUUACAGAUCGGUUUGCCUUUAAUUAUAUUGAUAGCUUUUCAUAUUGACCCCUUGUUUACCCCAACGUUUAUUGUUUCCUGCUUGUAUUCUUAACUAAGACUUAAAAGCGAACUAUGGAUAGGAAGGCCUUUUGCGUGCUCCCUUAUCCCAUAACCGUUUAUGGGUGACCACACACACUUCAGCUGAUUCUUUAUUUCUUCUGUCCGAGCAGUGAAAUUUUGUUUUCAGAAACCAAAUCUUAGUCAUUUUUUAUGUUACGUUCUUGUUUGCAAAACAUAAGACGACUCUUUAUUCAACAAUCUAGUUCUUUCGAGCCAAAAACCGCAUUAGUGAUUGAGAGUUAAGAUUGCAGUUAACUAACCUAAUUAUUCCGCGCUCUAGGAAGUACAUUUCUCGGAAGGUUUUCUGUCUCCUCACGGCCUACGUUCCCAUGUUUUCAUAUUGCUAAUUAGAGCGUUGCUUUACGUCUUUGGUAGCGGGGAAAAUAAGUACCAGAUCUGAACCUGACCGAAUUUACUAUAUCCAUUCUUCAAUAUUAACGCAAAUUCAAUUAAUGUGGUUCGGGAUAAGAUCAGUCACACCGGCCGACUGGCACGAAUCUUCCGCCUGACACGUAACUACCGACGCUGUGUAACGCUCUCAUGAAUGCCGUAAUGUAUUUACAUGUGACCGAAUGGACUUAUGCAGUGGCAGGAUUUACGAGGAAGUUGUAUCAGCCAAAGCGGAACUGUCGACGUUGGUCAGUGCUCAUGAUAGCGGUUGUUCAGUCGCAUUGCGAUGAACUCAAAAGCCACUGAUCAGGCCUACGCGUGGUAACAAUGUGCGGUCACAGUUGGGAUAAAUUAGAAUGAGUCGUUAGACAUGUGAGUAUAAAUAGGUAAAGUAUGUGUGGACUCCUGGAGUGGGUUACCUUUUUGUUGCGCCUGAUCAAAAUUGGGAUCACAUCGAAUCAUGACGCGGGUUAUUCCGGCCGUGCUGAGUCUGUCCUGGUUCUAAAUUAUUGCCGUACACACGUGUGGUAUACAUUUGCACUGAGCUCUCACCAGACCAGCUAUUGCACACAACUCAUAACCAGUCGGCCUGCAAACACGGACGGAUCACUCACAUCUGAGAGGAAGAGAGAGUGGAGUUGACCAGUAGGACCAGUUGAACCCAUUGGAGUUUCCUUGAUUCGUUCAUGUGAACGGUUUUUGAAAAAUGGCCAUCCGGAGGCAUUCAUAAGUCGCUGCCAACGCAGUCGCCCCAGAGAACCCAAACAUCAAAACCACCAACGACAUGGCAUUCUCUGUCAUACAUCCAGGAUGUUUCAGAAACAACCGAGCCCAUUGCUGCGGAGCUAGGAGUUGGAAUUGCACACCACCCCAAAGCCACCAUGCGCAGUAGGAUCAUGAAAAUUAAAGACCGUUUAAAGCCUGAGGAGCAAUCUGGAGUAGUGUAUCCAAUCGAUCCAUAUGGUGCACGCAUGUAGUACGUUACUGGCAGGUGUUGGCAUGGGAUGUGGCGCCAGCUUCUCAGUCGUUAUGCGAUGAUUUGAAGUGUUGGACCAGACCGUCUGCAGUGUUAUUUGGCAGACAACUGUGUCUGCGUAUUGGGGACGUUGAGCGUUCGGGACGUGUCCAGUCGUGGUAUACUAUAACCGUGUAACUGAUGAGAGGAAGCACCCCGCGCGGAUAGACUUCACAGUUUCUGCAUCGUGCGCACCACUCAGUACACCUCAUCUCAAAACCACAAACGCCGUACGGUUCGGCAAACCGACGUGAUCUGCUAAGUGAUUGCUUGUCGCUGUAGUGGGGUGAUUGGAGGUUGCCAUGCAUCCUGGAGGCGCACUCAUUGUGACGGCUUUGGGUGCGUCUGAUCAGGGCCAACCGGCAUCGUAGUGUGCAACUUCGGUAAGAGUACAUUGGUGGAACAUUUUUAGUGGCGUUUUUGGGUCGUUUUUGCCAACUAUACAAGCGGACACUCGUAAUGACAAAAUAGAAUAGUUGCUUAAGCAGACAUUCAUAAGGUAUUCUCACGACUUUGCAAAUCCAUUGAGCUGCUCUGUAAUUUAGCACGACACAGAUGCUAAGGAAACCGGUUCUUUCUAUGAGCUGGGUCUGCGGAAUCCUUUCCCACCAGUUUAGGUCGUAGUAGCUGUAGUUUAUCGCGCUCGACUUCGCCGUCUUAGAGGAACCUUUUUAGGACGAUAACCGAAUGAUAAUUUCAAAUUGAAUGUUAUGAUCUACUGGGGCCACCUCUGACGUUUCGAGCUGCCAUUUCACCGUCAUUCUUGACAUUCAUGGGAAUGGUGCAUACCAAAUACGCGAAUUUGUCUAUAUCUGCCAGACGAUUGACGUUGACAUAUAUCACGAGUUGGUGCGGACACUAUCUAACAUCUGAGGCACGUGCUCCUCCGAUUUUUCGCAAAUGCAUGACCCGACUGCGAUGAAUUGGGACCGUCAGCGAGCCCUCCAGUGUUCUUAACAUGGCUCCCGAUACGUAUUCGUCUUUUGUGUGGAGAUUGUAAUUUCGUCAGAAAGUUGCGUGGUAACUUACAAUGCAGCCCUGUAGACAGGCCUUUUCAGGCACGCCUCUAAGGUUGGAGUGAACAUCUAGGCGGAAUCCCACCAGCUUUACUGGAUUAACCGCGUGAUAUUUGUGACUUUAAUUUUGACAAUAGCCUAAUUUACGCUUGGGCACCAGCGUAACCAUACACCCAAGCCAAUCACUAGAAAAGCUUUUCGUCUAUUUUCUUCUGAUGGUCAUUUGCAUCGCACCGGCCAGCAAUUAAACGAUAGAGUAAGUGAAGUAAUGCCUUCUAGGAUAUAUUUCAACCAUCGAACAUUCCCCCGCCGUGGGACCGAUUCAUAUCGGACGGGAAGAGGCAUGAUAAAAUUUAUCCGGCCAAAUACCUGUGAUGUGGUAAGCGUCACUUGUGUGCAGACGGCCUUCCCAUCUGAUCGAGCAAUAUCGUCGACAAUUUCUGCUUUACUCUGCUUUAACUGAGGUUAAAUUCUCCAACGCCUCCAGAACGCCGUCCGAGUACACCAUUGAGGAUGUUAUAUAUAAAAAGACGUACAGAGCGUUCGGGCUUUGUUGCAUGCCGCUGGUUGUAGUGCGAGAAAUAGCUCCCUGGGGAGCCUUGUUCCUUUCCCUCGUGGGCCGUUAAGGGUUAGAUGUACAAACAUUGGGAUGCCUUUGCUAGCAAGGUCGCUCUGUAAAGCUAACGAAUCCAUUACGUCCCUUAGGACUAGAUGCAGUAGUCGAUAGGAUUCAUGGAACAGACCGUGAAUUUGUAGAAACCCCUCAUAAAGUUAUGAAAAAACAAAAGCGGAUUCCGGGGUUUCUGCAUGUUUUAAAGUUAGUAGCCUAUUUUAUUAAAGCAGGAUUAUCGCAUCCCAAGGAGCAUGUCCUGCUUUGAUUUAUACAGCCGCACUGCAAGGAUACUUAUACCCGCAGAGUCCGUACAAACUUUCUGGUGAUAGAGUGCGUAGUUUAGAUUCAUUAAUUUUCCUCCUUAACAGACGGCCAUUGACGCCUUACCAAAAUACUGGAAUCCUAGCUGAUUUUUUGGCUUUCAUGAAAAGUGGUUUUUCAAUUGACGUUCUCGAGACUACGUUUCUUGGCUAUUUUGUGUGUGCAAAUACGUUCCAUAGCUAAAUCUCGACGGGUCGCCCCACAAAAAGCGUGAAUUGGCUUAGGAAUAGUAUUUAAUGAUGACAGAUGGGCGCUCACCGAUCAGGUUACGGAACAUGCUCGUUCCGCUGUGCCUUGGGGCUCAUACUAGAACCCUCGCAGGCAGUCGCACAGCGACUAGUGGUAGAUAUAGAUGAGAUGGAGCCGACAAAGACAAGGGAGACCGGAAUGGCCAUUUCUGGCUUAUUAGCCGUUAUCAGCCAGUCAUACCCAACCCCAAGUGUGGAUCACUUGAGAUUCGAACCCGGGAUCUUUGGUCAUGGAGUCUGACGCUCUACCAUCGAGCCACGGGCCCGUUGUCCUGUUGGUUGUGAUCGGGAAUCUCAAGUGAUCCACACUUGGGGUUGGGUAUGACUGGCUGAUAACGGCUAAUAAGCCAGAAAUGGCCAUUCCGGUCUCCCUUGUCUUUGUCGGCUCCAUCUCAUAGUAUUUAAUAUUUAUUGUCCUUAAGCCUUUGAAUAGUUUCUUCCAAAUUUAUCUGUUCUGUAUAGUAUGAUACCUUACACACCUUGUGGAACUCUUUGAUCAGACAUUACAGUUAGAUAUGCUGAGGCAUUAUUUUCAAAACGCACAGUUUGUAACCAAGACUUACAAAAAUUGAAAGAACUUCCUAUUGUCUUAAUUGCUCAUGUGCUGACGGCACCUUAAUUUAGCCUAUCCUCCAAAGAGUCUUUAUUAAGGCUGCUUGCAACUAAAGCCUUGUUAUCUCAUGACCAUACGGAUCAUGCUCUUACAGCCGUGCUUUAGGAGCAUGAAGCCAGUUCCUCGCGGAGUCCUUUUACAAAGCUGCAGUUUUGAGUGAAUUUGAAGUGCUUUAAAAGUACAUUGAGCCUUAUGCUUACCUCGUGCAGUUGAGUAGUUAAUAACCGAUUUUUUGCCGUUGCAAGUUUUUGUGUCCAGCCAUCUAAUCGCCUUUUACGGGCUGGGUAUCCACUUAAUUGCAACAAACUGAAGUUACCUGUUCGCACGCGAGCUGGCAAAAUGGUCAAUGCAAUAGCAGGAAAAGAGUGUAUCGAGCUUCUAUUCCCUGCAUACAUGCUUAGAACGAAGACAGCGUGGUUUCUGCAACGUAUUGCAUAUCAUUCUUGUUUGGUCGCUAAGACAUGCCGACGUGUCAGCACUUGGCGUUGGCAGCUUGUCGUCGAAUGGCGUCAUCAGCAAUUUUAGCAGUCACUAAAGAAUUAGAUCUCGCGUGGGGCGAUCCCUUGUUCUCCUUACUGUCCGAGUUCACAUUUUGACUACUGGAUAAACCGCGAUCUACCGGCUGAUUGGCUCAAGUAGUUCUACCUUGAGGGGACGAUGGGGUUCGUGCAUAAUCUUUCCUAGCGUCCAGCAGUCACAUGCUACGGUCGCCAUCGUCCAAGACUCAUUUCUUUGUCUGGCUCUAGUGUGUGCAAAGUGCCGUGUCCUUAAAACGGUGCAAAAGUGAUCUCGUGUCGAUCGUGUGCGUUGCGGAAUUUUCAGGAGCAUGUGGAAAACGGGGACUGAGAAUGACCGCCACGUCUUUUGUGUGAUUGCACUCCGUCUCCUCUGUCUUCGUGCGCUAGAUCUCUUCUCCCGUCUCCCCGUCGAAGAUUGCAUUACUUGUAGACGCUCGUGGAAAACACCCUUACAUUAACUGCAUGAUGGCGACCUAUUGGCCAUUUUUUGGAGAUUUGCAUCUGUCUCAAUCAGGUUUAAAGUAUUGCUUAAGGAGCACACAGAAAAUUGUCUUCAUAGCACCUGACGGAAGAGUGCACCCAUAGUUUAUUAGAGUAAGUGGAGCAUUCAGUUUUCGGAAAUACAUUCGACUCAUGUGCUUUCCUAUGCUGGACCCCUACUUAUGCGUGUUCUCGGAGUCUUCGAGCUACUUGACCGUCAGGUUCCCUGAAAGCUCUCCUAUAAUUCUUUUAUUUUCAAAAUUUGGAACUAACUGAAACAGCCGAGAGACUUGAAGAAGGAUAUCUGUUCUCUCCAGAUUCGCCUAUACAUCAUAUAUGCCUGAGUCCAACAGGGCGAGAUCUAAAGCAAGCAAGGACAGCAGAAUUUGAUAGCACCAGAAAAUGAAGUUAUCAUUUUAUUGAUUAGCCCACGCGCAGUAUACGUUGACCUUGAUGUUUUACCAUGAUUUUCUCUGUCGAAAUUCAAAUCUCUUUACCUUUCUCACUUGUUAUUUGUGUUAUGCAACGACAGGCUGCAGUUGAGAAGCCGUCGCGAAAUUUUCUGGUACCAUUAAAUUCUGCUGUCCUUGCUCGCUUUAAAUUUAUUCCGGGAAAUAUUGCUUCAAGGCGAGAUCUGUCACGCGAUUCUCAUUCAUUGUUUUCAGUCCUUUUUUGAAAGGGGUUGGCUCUCGGCGUUAGAUUACAGGGAAAGAUAGGGCCUCCCACUUUGUGUUGCAGCUCCUCUAUGGAGCCUCUGCAUCCAACAUUAUAAUGACGACGAUAAACAACCUGGGAGCGGCCAUUCGACUUCCCCUUUGUUGGUAACACGUUCAAACUGUUGAUGGCUCGUCGCUAUAUGACGACCACGGAAGGUUUUCUGCCGGAGCGCCGUGGCAAACUGGAACGUCCGCAUUGGUCCUGCAACCAGGCCACAGAGAUGAACGCAACUCCCAAGUGGGCGUAAACGUAGCCAAAACUGUAACUAUCUCGGUCUACUCUCGUCUUUGUUGGUAUCCCACUGCUAGUCUUAGCUCUGUCGCCGUGCGACCGACAGUCUAACGGAAAUUGUUUGCUUUAAGAAGCCGAGCGUUGGUGUCCGCCCAUUUCUGUGGUUAGUCUCUGUAUGGGUACCUGCGAUUAUGUGCUACUUGUUUAAUUUGUCUGGAGUGUGUUUAUUACUGAAGGCCGGCCAAGUGAAAAGCCAGCAGGCAACUGUAUACGGACUAACAUAGUACCAUUUUCAACAGUUUUGUGGAAAUUUCAUUCCUUUUGACAAUGAGAAUCCAGGUUCUGGCCGAAAUGAUGUCACCACAUCUUCCUCUUUUCACAGGUAACAGAAGAACAAUUGAAAGGUCUUCUCACCCAGAUAGCCUCCAGCUCCAAGCAAUCGACUACUGUCAAGGUAAACCUCCUUUAACAGUUGCGAAAUAGCUUUCAGUUUGACCGAAGGAAAGCCGCCAUCGACUCUGAUGAGGAUGACUACUGA